CCAGCACUUUAUAAACGCAUUCCCCUUGAAUCUCUUGUGCCAACUGCACCACAAAUUAAAAGAACCAAACCAACAUGCCCCCCAAGAGCGGAAAAGCCGAACUCCGAGCAUGCCUUGUAUGCUCCAUCUUGCAAUCUACCAACGACUUUCUUACCCAAGGGUGUCCCAAUUGUGAAGAUAUCCUCGAGAUGAGAGGAUCAUCAGACCGUGUGGCAGAAUGCACAAGUCUGUUGUACGACGGAAUGAUUGCGAUGAUUGAACCGACCGAGAGCUGGGUUGCUAGAUGGCAACGUAUAGAUAAACGGAUGCGAGGUAUUUACGCCGUACGCGUGACGGGUCGGGCACCACCAGAUGUUAUUGAAGCUAUCGAGUCUAGAGGAGGUAUUUACAGGCCGAGAGAUGCCGUGGAAGAUUAACUCUUUGAAGAGCGAGGGUAUAAAUGUAGUGGCAUAGGGGCUUUACCAUUAUUCGACCGGCGGCUGUUUGGGUUUACUUGUAUGUAACUUCUUUGCAUAGACAA